ACUCUCUGAUUCUAAAUCAAAUUAAGUUAAUCCACUUCCAACGAAAUCCUUUUCUUUUAGUUUACCUUAGUCUCGGUUCACCUUCACUUGUUUGACCAACGAUUUGAACAAUUAACUAACCAUUUUCUUAUAAUCUAAUUUCAUUUUCAUUCAUUCUAAUUAAAUUGUUGUCGUUAACGUUAAUUGACAAGUUAUUUUUAAUUAGAUUUGAUUGUUAAUAGUUUUUUUUACUUCCUCAUUGUUUGUAACUCUUUUUUUUAACCAAAUUUAAUUGAUAAAAUUUAAUUGUCAUCAUCAGUGAGUUCAUAAUGCCUUUAAAUCCGAUUAAAAUUUUAAUUAUUCCAACCAAUGGUUAUGGUCAUCUCAAUAUUGGCCUUGGAUUGGCGGACAUGUUGACCAAACAUGGACACAAGCCAAUUUUUGCAUUGAACAAAAAGUGGGCUCCGUCUGCUGAGGCUCGAGGGUACGAGACACGCAUACUGGAUGCCAAUGUGAUCGAGGAAGCGGAAGCCGAUCAAGCAGCUCGACAAAUGGCCGUACUUGAUUUACUCGCUUCAUCGCUAAGUGAACCAACCAUUGAACAGACAACCUGGAUGUCCGGUAAAGAGACCAUUUUGUACGAAGAUCAUAUGAGGAUCGAUGCUGGUCUCGAAUCCCUACUAUCUACCGGUGAGCAUUUUGACCUUCUCAUUGUGGCCACACUGGUUGCGAUUCCCUCAGCAGAGACAAGCGGAAUCCCUUGGGUUUACUUUCACACUCCAUCACCACACAUCUUAUAUGGAACCCAAAUUACCCCACCCUUUUCGGGUUACCCAUUAGACACACCGAAGGAUAUUUGUCAACAAUAUUGGGAUCGAUAUUAUAGUGAACGGGCCAUGGGAGAUGCGAUUUACAAUUCAUACUUUGCAAGUCGAGGUGUUGGUAAGGUCAAUGUCGGCUACUUCCAGCGAGAAUCGCCUUAUCUUAACAUAUACGCUUAUCCUAAAGAAUUGGACUAUCGGGAUGUGGCCACUUUACCUAAACACUAUUUUCGAAUGGACAAUGCGAUCCGUGAAAACGACGCUUUGGUCACUAAGAUACCCGAUGAGUUCCUUUCCCGACCAGGUAAACUGAUCUAUGUUUCUCUUGGUUCCUGGUUUUCCGGAAUGACCGAUGUCAUGGUCAAUCUAAUCUCCAUCCUAUCCAAAUCUCCACAUAAAUUUAUCGUCUCAAAAGGUCCAAAUGCUGAUAAAAUUGUUCUUCAUAAAAAUAUGUGGGGUGAACGUUUCGUCAAUCAAUUGUCCAUCUUACCUUUAGUUGACCUGGUCAUCACCCACGGCGGGAACAAUACAAUUGUUGAAUGUCUUCAUAACGGUAAACCGAUGAUCGUCCUUCCCUUUUUCAUUGACCAGCACGAUAAUGCCCAACGAAUCGUUGAGAAACAAUUAGGCCACAAGUUUGACCCCUUCCAUUUAGACGGACCUGGUAUCCUAAGGUCAAUUGAGAUGAUUCUUAAUGAUGAUCAAGUUUAUUCACGAUUAAAAUCAAUCGCUAAUGAUUUACAAAAUUCAUCCACUCGAGAGGAAUUAGUUAAAUUGUUGGAGAUAAUUGCUCGUGAGAAACGUUGUCCAUUUGAUAUAACCAAUGGUGACAAGGAUAAAGAUAAAAAUUCAAAUGAAAUCAAAUCUAAUGGUGAUGUCAAACAAUCAACAAUCAAAUCAACUUGCGGAUCAAGUUCACAAUUAACUGAGAAAUCAAUUGAUACUAAUAAUCAGCAGGCUAAUUAUUUCCAAAAAAUUAUCUCUUAUUUUACUUCAACAACAAUUUACUCACUUUUAUUUAACACAAAUGAUCACAACGUUAAAAACUAAUCAACAGAUCAACAACCAGCAAUCAACAAUCAACUAAUCAACUUGAUUAACAUUCAACAAUUUUUAUCAACUCUUUUUUUUUAAUUAUAAUUGAAAAAAAUUUUUCCUUCUGAUUUUUGUUAACAACUAAAUAGCCAAUAAUAUAAUUAACUAACCAGUAAAUUAAUGGCUAAUUAUUGUAAUGAUUUUAUAUAAAAGGUUACAAUUAAAGACACAAUUAUUAACCGAAUUAAA